AUGUCGUCGCACAGGCAUCAAUCAUCGCUUGAGGGAGUCCUGGAUUUUUCAGAACCCUUCUCACUCACUCCACAACAAUCUUAUUCCGCGAAGAGGCUCCUUGAUAUAUUCAUCAAGGACUAUGGACUCGACCGAGCAACGGAAAGGGGCUAUAAGCCUGCGAAAUUAAUAUGCACUACGCUUGAUCAUAUCAUUGCAAAAGACACAUUCUUAUCUUUUUUUUUGACAUAUCUUCAUGAAAACUUGACUGACCUAACGUCAAACAUUACGUUGGCCUUAUCGUACUUCGAGGAUAUCGUUUCUCGAGAGCCAGCUCCGCGAAGCGAUGUGAUGAAUGCUCUUGAAGCGUUUGCAGACUACAUGGUUACGCAGUUCUUCCUUCCGCUCAGAGCCUCGUCCGUUAAGACACCGCAGCCAACGCCUACCACCCUGUCCGCAAUACAAGCAUCGACCGCCGUUGGCACCAAACAGCGCAUAUCGUUUUUGAGACGCGACUGCCUCAUCCGCGAUCGCCAUCGAUGCGUUGUAUCUCGGAAAUUUGACAUAACCGAAGCUAGAAGACGACUUGCUAACAACGAAAAGUGUGAAGAUGACAAUGGAAAGCUCCUCGAGACCGAACCACGUGAUAACUUCCAGUAUCUGGAAGUCGCCCAUAUACUGCCUCAUUGCCUAACAAAGGUUGCUUCUGCAGAUGGGGAUCUGACCGAUUCAAAGAGGAGUGUACUCCGGAUUUUAGAUAUGUUUGACCCUGGUAUCACUCACCUCAUUGAUGGCCCCAACAUCGACAGCCCAUCCAACGCUCUCACAUUAACGCUUGAGAACCACCGGCUCUUUGGUGAAUUCCAAAUAUAUUUUGAAUCCACGGACAGACCUCAUGAAUAUAAGAUUUACUCCGUCGAGAGCGGUUUUCUAAGCGACCCUUUCUUCCCUGUCACUCGCGCCUUAACACGGAGCCCUAACGAUACGAUUAAUCUGCCAUCUCCUCGGCUUCUCAGCAUCCACCGUGCCAUCGCACAUAUUUUGAAACUCAGUGGCGCGGGCGAAUAUAUAGAGAAGAUUGUUCGAGACUUGGAACAGGUGACGGUGGAAGCAGAUGGGUCAACCAAUUUGGGUGAUAUACACCUGGUUGGAAUCUUGAAAUCUCUAUUAAGCGAGAAUAUCUUCAUCAAUCCAUACUCCGCACAGCGUGCCUUCCCUGAACUUUUCCCCGAAGCACAGAACAGCCAGACGGCACUGCAGACACCCACUAGAGGAACACCUCAAGAUUCGUUCGGUAUGGAAGGACCUUCGAGGGAAUUAUUGGACUCCUUUAAAAUGCUCUACUCCAGUGGACAGUAUUCUGAUCUCACUAUCUCCUCCAACAAGAAGGAUUAUCGUGUACACAGGGCCAUCGUGUGCCCCCGGUCUAGCUUCUUUAGUACAGCCCUGCGCGGAGAUUUUAAGGAGGGACAUGAGGGAACAAUAAGCCUUCAAGAAGAUGAUCCUCAAAUCGUUGAUAUCAUGAUUAACUACUUUUACCACCUCGAUUACAAUGUAUUCUCACAAGAAAAUGGAAUGGAUAGUCAGAACCCUAGGUUAGAGAUCUUUGAGGUACCACAGGCGCAUUCCUCCUUAACAAUCCAUGCUAAGGUCUACUGCCUUGGAGAAAAGUAUCUCAUCAGUAGCCUUAAGGCUCUUGCACUUCAAAAGUUUAAAGCAACGGCUAGAGAGCAAUGGGAUGUCAAUGAUUUCCUUGAGGCGGCAAAGCAGGCCUACACAUCUACAAUAGAGACUGAUCGAGGACUGAAGGAUGCCGUGAUAGCAGUGCUUUAUGACCAUUCUGAGUUACUGGACCGUGAAGAAGCACAGUUUGUGUUCAAGGAGUUGAAUAUGUUGACAUAUGACCUCCUGAUGUAUAUACACGGAAAAGACAGGUUCUAA